AUGGUCAACAUUGAUAGGGGCACCGAUAAGAAUGUCUGUACUUCAUCUGUCAAUGAAACUCAGGGACCUUUACUUGAGCUGAAGAAUUUUGCAAUUAGAAGAGGACGAGUCUUACUUUCUCAAACUGAGGAAGGCCAUACACAUAACACUGACCCAAGUCUCAGUGAAGAAGCACUUCCCGCAGAUUGUGCUGAAAUGUCUGAAGGCAUUAAACCUGCACGCAUAUUUAAAAGGUUGCGAAAAUCUGUAGAUACUGAAAGCAAUAUGAAUCAGAAAAACAAUGGGCUUUUUGCUUCAACAGUAAACAUUCUCAAGUCAUCUUCCGCCUCCAAUCCCUCACAAUAUAAGCAUGACCAAGAUGCCUAUGUAUCUAAUGAUGAAGAUGGCGAGGAUGACAAUUCAUUUGACAGUUUCAUAGAUGACAGGACCAACCCUUCGGCAGCCAGUCAGCCUGAAGCUAGUAGAAUGGACAUGAUGGCGAUUUACAGGCGUUCUUUGCUCAGUCAAGCACCGUGUAAUGGAGGGCGUGACUUUUCUGCCGCCUUCACUCCUAACAGUGUGACCAUGGCAGCCAGUAUUAGUGAAAGUGGGGAUUCUUCAACGAAGACAGUGAAUAAUUUCCAUACAGAGCCAACCAAACAGUCAGCACAUCGUACUUCGGAAUCUGUUAUCAUCGACCAGAAAACCUCAGAAGCAGUGCCUUCAAGUUGUUCUCCUAUGGGAAAUGUGUCAGAGAUAAGAAGUCGCAAACGAAGAUUAGCGUUUUACCACUCUGAACACUUCCUAAAUAUGAACCUUGAACAAGAAUUUUCACUUCAAUCAAAGAAAGAAGCGGUGGAUGUCAAUGCAACCACAGAUGUUUUAUGUGAUGAUCAGUUUUAUAAUGAACUUGAUCUUGACGAAUUGGAGGAGCAAGCAACUUUGCUUCUAAAACGGAAAUUAGAUUUGUCAAUUCAGAAGCAAGAUACGCCCCCUCAAUCUCACUCACCCAACCUUGAUAUUUUUAGUUCUCCUUCAUUUGACCUUGGUAUAUGA